ACCGGGCAGGGCUGUGGCCGCUCAGGCUCUGGGCAGGUGCUGAGGCCACAGGUGAGCUGAGGGCAGGUGCAGCUCAGCCCCACGGCUGCGGAGGUGCUGUGGCACCCGUGGGACAGCCCCGGGCUGGCUUUGCUGCCCCCGGCUCAGAGGAAGAACUUGUCCGACCGCCCGCGAUCCGUGCCGGCUGUCCCGGCACCUGCCACACCUCCAGCAGCCUUGGGGCAGCCUAUAAGUGCUCCCCACAAGUGCCAGAGAGGCCAAAGGAGCCGGCCAGGCGCGCAGGAAGGGACCAGCGGAUGCCCGGCGGUGACACCGGGUGACACCGGGGCUGCCUGGCCCCAGGCUGGUGACUGCUCCUCCCGGGGAGCCCUCUCCUCGCUCAGCAGGGUAAGAGGAACGAUCCCAAACCUGCUCCUUGGGGACUGACUGCUGCCACUGCCGAGCCAGGGACCGCCCAGGUGGCCUCGGCUGCCUCUCACCUCCUGUCCCGCUCUCAAAGCGUCCCCGAGCUGAGGGAAGGAGGAAAUGGGGAGGAACAAUCCAUUCAAACACCCGACCAACCUCCCUGCUGGACUUCAUCCUUCAUCCUUUCUGCCAAGGGGCAGCACCACGGGAUGCUCCAGGGAGCCCUUCCAGGGAUGCCACAGUGAUGCCACACUUCACCAUCAGGGUUUCUGGAGAAGGAAAUGGGGUUUUGUAUUCCUUGGUGACACUGCCAGCUCCUGACAAGGAGCAGGGGACAAUUCCCUGGCUCAGGAGGAGACCCAAGUGCUCUGCACAGGGCUCGAGCUCUUGCUGUGGCAAAGGAGGAGAAUGCCAGCACUGUCAGGACUCUUCAGGUGCCACCACAUUCUGCUGGCAUGUGAGGGACACGGUUCUGGCAGCAGCUCCUGACUGGGGCCAGUCCUGCAGUGCUGUAACCCCAGCUCUGCUCCUUCCCUCUGCCUGUUCCAGCUGUUUGCACCUUCUUGCUAAGCCCCCACUUCUCAGCAGUCAGAAAACCACCCAAGAGAUCCACCAGCGCAGCCCGCCAGCCCCUGGCAGCAUCUCAUCGCAGCGAGGGAGUCGUGCGUGGGGACAAAUGACAGAGCCAGGAGCUGCCCCAGAGCUCUGGCAGCAGCAGCAGCAGCUCCUGAACUCCCCAAACCCAGCCCCCCUGCCCGGGCUUUCCCUGGCAGUCACCCCUCCUUCCACAGGUGCACGCAGCAGGACAGGAGAGCCUGGGAAGCCAUGGAGCCCAGCAGCGUCCCCCCGGCCUCCGGGAGCCCCCCGUGGGACGUGUUCCCCCAGCAGACGCUGGAGCCCGUGGACAUCGCCGUGCUCGUGCUCUAUUUCCUCUUCGUGCUCGCCGUGGGGCUCUGGGUGAGCAGAACUCCAAACGGGCCCCGUGAGGCUGGAAAAGGGGCUGCAAUGGGGCUGCUUCCCCCUGCACUCAGCUGGACAAGGAGCAGGGGGUUCACAGCUCCUUGUCCUCCCCUCAGCCUGGGAAGUGUCCUCACUGUCCCCGGGGAGCGCCCAGGCCCUGUUAGCCAAGGUUUGGAGAACCCUUGUGAGGAAGAGGCUGGCUGAGUACAAACUAUUGCUAACAAUGAUGUUUUGUUCAUCCAGGAAGGAAUUGCUGGCCUAUAAAUCACCUGUGCUUGUCCAGAGGGGUCCUGACAGCGCUGACAGCAGAUUCCUUGAAUUAUUAACAUUCUCUAUAUAUAAUUUAGGCAGAAGGACAUCCUUUGGCGUGGCUUUUGCAGCAGCCAGGCUGUGGGGAGGCAGAGAGGAGCAGCUGCUCCCCUUGGCCGUGGUGCACGGCUCCCAGAGUAUUGCAGGGGUCAUCUCUGGGGAGGGGGAGCCACGAGCCACACGUGCAGUGCCCAGCAUUCCUCCCGGGCGCUCCUGGUGCCCGGGAUUCUGCAGUCCUUGCCCAGAACUGCUUCCCUUCCUUUCUGGAGCGAUGGAGUUUGCUGGUUGCACAAAACAUUCCACCAGGGUGCCGAGGAGAUGGAGCCCUGCCUGCGGCUCAGGGCACAUCCCCCAGCCCCAGCACUUCCAGCAGCAAGGGUCGCUCAGGAAAUCCCUCUGCUCCGGCUGGGGCAGCUCAGGGGCUCUGCCGGGCAGUGCCCGGGUGCAGCCUGAGCCGUGCCCCUCUCUGUGCCCGCAGUCCAUGUGGAAGACACAGCGCAGCACCGUCAAGGGCUAUUUCCUCGCCGGGGGACAGAUGGUCUGGUGGCCUGUGGGCGCAUCCCUGUUUGCCAGCAACGUGGGCAGCGGGCACUUCAUCGGCCUGGCGGGCUCGGGAGCGGCCUCGGGCAUUGCGGCCACAGCCUACGAGUGGAACGGGAUGUUCUGUGUCCUGGUGCUGGCCUGGCUCUUCCUGCCCAUCUACAUCGCCUCGGGGGUUACAACCAUGCCCGAGUAUUUGCAGAGACGUUUUGGAGGCAAAAGAAUUCAGAUAUUCCUGGCCAUUCUCUACUUGUUCAUCUACAUCUUCACCAAAAUAUCUGUGGACAUGUACGCCGGGGCCCUGUUCAUCCAGCAGGCCCUGCACUGGGACCUGUACAUCGCCGUGGCCGGGCUGCUGGCCAUCACUGCCGUGUACACCGUGGCCGGUGGGCUGGCAGCCGUGAUCUACACUGAUGCUCUGCAGACCCUCAUCAUGCUCAUCGGGGCCGUGUCCCUCAUGGUCUUCAGUUUUAUUGAAGUUGGUGGCCUUGAAGGUUUACAGGCAAAAUACUUUGGUGCCAUUCCCAGCAUCCGCAAGGAGAACAGCAGCUGUGGCCUGCCCAGGGAAGACGCUUUCCACAUUUUCCGAGACCCUGUGGACUCUGACCUGCCCUGGCCAGGAGUCCUGGUGGGAAUGACCAUCCCAUCGCUGUGGUACUGGUGCACGGACCAGGUCAUUGUUCAGAGGGCCCUCGCUGCCAAAAACCUCUCCCACGCCAAAGGAGGCUCCUUGAUGACCUCCUACUUGAAGAUUUUGCCCCUCUUUAUGAUGGUAAUGCCAGGCAUGAUCAGCCGGGUUCUCUUCCCAGAUCUGGUGGCUUGUGCAGACCCAGAAAUUUGCCAAAAAAUCUGCGGGAACCCCUCUGGCUGUUCUGAUAUCGCUUAUCCCAAGCUGGUGCUGGAGCUCCUGCCUGUAGGACUCAGGGGCCUGAUGAUGUCCGUGAUGAUUGCAGCCCUCAUGUCCUCCCUGACUUCCAUCUUCAACAGUUCCAGCACCAUUUUCACCAUGGACCUCUGGAAACACUUCCGUCCUCGCUGCUCCGAGUGGGAGCUGAUGGUCGUGGGCAGGGUCUUCGUGCUGCUGCUGACCGUGGUGUCCAUCCUGUGGAUCCCCCUGGUGCAGGCUGGCCAGGGCGGGCAGCUCUUCAUCUACAUCCAGUCCAUCAGCUCCUACCUGCAGCCGCCCGUGGCCGUGGUCUUCAUGCUGGGCUGCUUCUGGAGGAGAGCCAACGAGAAGGGUGCCUUCUGGGGGCUGCUGCUGGGGCUGCUGCUGGGCGCCGUGCGCCUGGCGCUGGACUUCGGCUACCCCGAGCCGCGCUGCGGGGAGCCCGACGGCCGGCCCGGCCUGCUCAGGCACAUGCACUACCUCUACUUCUCCAUGGUGCUGGCGGCCGCCACCGCCCUCGCCGUGCUCCUGGUCAGCGUGGCCACUGAGCCCCCGGCCCCCGAAAUGGUGAGUCGGCUCACCUGGUUCACCCGCGGGGAUGCCCCGGCCCGCCAGGAGCCCCCAGCCAGCCCCAGCCCCGGCCCGGCCCCGCUGCAGCUGGAGCUGAGCCCCGCGGCCGAGAGCAGCCCCGACGGCAGCAAAGGAGCCGAGGCCAAGGGCCGCUGGAAGCUGCUGGGCACGGCACUGUGGCUCUGCGGGAUGGAGAGCGGGCAGGAGGGGGCCCAGAGCCUGCCCAGAGCCGAGCCCGGGCCCGCGGGGUCCCUGCAGGAGGAGCCGCUGGUCAAACACCUCCUGAACGCCAACCUGCUCCUCUGCCUCUGCGCCGGGGUCUUCCUCUGGGCCUACUUCGCAUAGGGGGGCUGCCGGCCCCACAGCACCACCUAACCCGAACUGCUGGAAAUAUUAAUCAUUAGCAGAGGGUCACGUAAUUCCUAAUGCUUUCUAAAUGUUAUUUCUUUAUUUAAGACAUUUUAAAGACAUAAUAUUUUCCUUAUUUCUAAUGGGGGCUUGGCUGUGCCCGUGGCCGAGCACUUGGCACUGGCGCUGUCAGAGCCCACCUGGCACCAACCGGAUGAGGAAGGUUGGUUUGGUUAUUUUAAAUAUUUAAUUUUGCUCUUUGGCCUUAGAGCACUGCCUGGAAUUCAGGAAGCCUGGACUCUCUUCCUAUUUAUGCCUCUAUAAGCAGCUACGACCACUUGGGUUCCCUCUGCUUCAGCUCCUCUGGCCUUGAGGGACAAGAGUGACACCUCGAGUGCCCAGAGCAGAGCAGGGGCUGUUGUCUGGGCUCUGCUGUGCCUGCUCAGCUCCUUCCCUGUGUGCAGUGAGUGCUGCUGGGCCUGCCCGGGACCACCAAUGCUGCAAUGGCAACACCAACACCAGCACCAGCCUGGAAACUGCCCCACAGCUGCUGCUGGGGGCACCUGAAGGACCUAACCCAGCCAAACCCUCCAGGGGUGCCAGGGCAGAGGUGCCCAGGGACAGCCCCUCAUGGCCUGGGCACCCACGGCCCUUCUGGGAGUGCCUCAGCAGAGAACCCUGGGCUGGGACCAUCGCUGAUCCUGAGCUGGGACCAUCGCUGACCCUGAGCUGGGACCAUCGCUGACCCUGAGCUGGGACCAUCGCUGACCCUGAGCUGGGACCAUUGCUGAUCCUGGGCUGGGACCAUCGCUGAUCCUGAGCUGGGACCAUCGCUGAUCCUGAGCUGGGACCAUCGCUGAUCCUGAGCUGGGACCAUCGCUGACCCCGGGCUGGGACCAUCGCUGAUCCUGAGCUGGGACCAUCGCUGAUCCUGAGCUGGGACCAUCGCUGAUCCUGAGCUGGGACCAUCGCUGACCCCGGGCUGGGACCAUCGCUGACCCCGGGCUGGGACCAUCGCUGGCCCUGGCCCUCGUGCAGCUGCAGAGAAACAUUAAAGAGUGAGAGCUGG